AUGAUACUUUGGAUAUUGUUGGCAUUCUUGGCAACAGUACUUUCCUGUCAACCACCAAUCCCUCAAGCAGCUUUUUCACAAAGUUAUCAAUCAAGCUCACCAGAGGUUUCUUAUAGUGAACAGUCAACGCCACAAGCUGAGUACUCGCAAUCAGAAUCUCCAUUCCCUGGAUAUCAACAGCCUCCACCUCUGGGCAAUGAUUUGGUUCCAUUCACACGUGCUCUAUCUGCUCCAUUGGCUGAAGUGGGCCUUACAAAAGCUCCACUUGAAAAUAUUCCACCCCCAGUCGAUCUCGAGGCUCUGCGAAUGGCCGGAAGAUGUGCUGAGAUCAAAUCGUUGACAGAAUUUGAGGAUUGUGUUCAAGUUUCUCUCCUACCUCGACAAUCGCCUACUGCCUGGCAGUGCAGUUUCGAGGAGGGAACCGCUUGCAAAUUCCAAGCGAUCACCUCAGGCUUCUCAGUCGGUCGUCUCCCCGCCACUUCAUAUUCUUCUUUUGCUCAAAUGUCUUCGAGAUAUGAUUUUGAUUCUCCACAAGGUCAAUUCCUUUACAUUAUAUCAGCACAAGGUUUACGCGCCUAUGAAGAGCUCAUCAUUUCAGCGAGAAUUCCCUGCCAGCAGGGUGACGGAGAAUUGAGAUUGUCGUAUUGGUUGAGUCCACCUGAGGGAACGAUUCGUGUUUGUACUUUGGAUGACGAGAUGAGGAGUUGCACUCAGCCAUUCGUCCAUACUAACCAAUCGGGUGUCAUCGUUGCCGUCAUUAAUCCGAUUAAACCGAAAUCACAAACAACCUCAUUUGAGGUGGAAAUAGUGGCCUCAAAUCUGAUUCGACCUUCAAUCUUUGCCAUUGAUAACAUUGAAUAUAAAGCGGAUUUCUGUGAGCCAAAGAUAAUCCCGAUUCAAAACAAAGAUCAAGAUCAGUUCUUCGAAGCCGAGGACACUCUCGAUUCGCCAACAAGCGAGAUUCGGCGCACCCAAGCGCACAUUCCAAAGCGACCGGAUUAUCAAGGAAUUGAGGCUGAUUCGCAUGUUUUAGACGAAAAAAUGGAUGAGGCAAUGGGAGAUGAGAUCGAAUCGAUGUCCGACGAAAUUAUGGAAAAUGAAGAAGAGAAAACUGAGAAAAUUGCACAUCGGAAGUUCCAUCCACAAUUGAAAGUCGGCUCGGCGGUACGAUUGCCUGUGUCGGUGAGUGAAAAGAAAAAUCCGUGCAACGUUCUUCGUUGUCAUUUCGAGGAGAAUCUCUGUGGUUGGCACAAUCGGGGUGAAGAGGCUAACUACGGCAAAUGGCGUUAUCGGGGUUACAAGAAGAUUGCGAAAGAAUCGAAAGAAUUUGAGGAUUUAGAGGAUGAUGCCGGAAUCGCCAUUGCCGGUUCAGACUCAACUCCAUCUCCAUUAUAUCGCAAAAUCGCUUUCCUUCUCGAAAGUCCUGAAAUCUUGGCACUCACAAAUUUAACAAUGCUCUACGAUGUGAAACGACAAAAUGAUGAUCUCACUUUACAAGUUUGCUUUGACACGCCAACUUAUUGUCCCUACAAAUUGCCCCCGUAUCGAAAAGAGAUUGGUUGGCAGAUUGAUCAAAUUGUCACUGUUCCAGAGAACACAAGAAGGAUCUAUUUCCUGGCAAUGCAAUGGAAACGAUACAGUCGGCUGUUGAUUGAUAAUAUUCGCGUUAUUGGUUGU